AAAAUUUAAACUGAAAAUAUAAUGACAGAUAACUUUGUUUAUUAAACUAACGGCAAAUUAAUUUUUUUAUCCUUUCUAAAUUUUUUAUUUUCUUCGAAUUGAAGAAACUAAGUUUUAUAAUGAAUAUAAUAUUUUUUUUUAAAAGUGAUAUGGCUAUGAUCUGGUCAAAUUUGACUAUUCUCUUCUUCUUGCUAAGCUUUCAAACCCUCAUUCUACUAAAUGGACAAGAGCUUGCAGGAGGUAGGGGUACAAUCGUACCCGCUCCAAAUUUUAACCCCCAAGCUGACGCGGAGAUACUGAGGAGUGCGCUUAAAGGACCGGGUACGAAAGAUAAAAGAGUGAUAGAUGUCAUAGCCGGAAGGAACAAUGAUCAAAGACAGCAAAUAAGGGAAGCUUACAAACAGCAAUACAAAAAACUUUUAAGUGAUAGGGAUUUAAUCAAAGAUAUAGAAGGAGAUACCACAGGCAAUUACCAAAAGUUAUUGGUAGCCUUGCUGACUCCAAGCGCCCAAUACAAUGCGAAAUUAGGAUUUAAAGUUACAGGAAAUCCAGCCACCUAUUUUGCUGAAAGAUUGGGAAAAGAUUUGAAGGGAUUAGGAACGAAAGAUAAUAAUUUAAUAGAAAUCAUAACGUCUAGAUCAGAGAUAGACUUGGAAGAUAUUAAAAGCGAAUAUAACAAGCUAUUCAAAAAGAGUUUAGAGGCAGCUGUCAGGGGUGACGUAACUGGAGAAUAUCAAGAUCUUUUGGUAGCUGUCAUUAAAGGAAAUCGAAAAUCUUAAAUUAGACAUUCUAUCAAUCAUAGCAUAUUAUAUAUAUAUUUGUUAAUUAGAAAACACUGAUACAUUUGUGAAACGCCAAUUAUAUAUACAUAUGUGUUUAUUUUAUGUCAAAUCAAUAGUUAUAUAUUUAUAGGCCCUUUCUUAUCAAUCUAUUUUCCCUAAAAAUAUCGUAUAUAAAUCUAAUAACAAUUCACAGUCCAAUCA